AUGGAUAAAAAUUCUAGUGAUCGUAAAAACUAUUAUGACAGAGUUAUGCCUCGUGUAUACAACAGAACUCAUUCGCAUUUAAAAUCUUCUAGUGUUACUCGUCACGAAACUCCAACUUCUUUGCGUAAUGGCGCGAAAACAAGUGCUGCAAAUUUAAAUUCCAGUAUUUUUAAGGAACUCCCUUUAGUACUACAUGGUUAUGAACCUGAUACAUCUUCUAUAAAACCAAAAAAUAUCAAAUCUGGCGCCAAACCAAAGAAAACUUUGAAGUCUCUCGAUCCUGCUAAAUCGCCUCUUACAAAUAAAAAGAAUUUACCAAACAAAGUUCGUAGUGAAAGUAGUCGAAACUCUGCACCUUCAAUUGUGGCCCCUGAUAAAGUCAGUUGGUCUGAUUCUCAUGUAAGGCAGUGUUUCUCUAGUAGGUCUCGUACAAGAUUAAAAGAAUUAAAGGAUGAAAUUAAAGAAUUUCAAGAAACUCAAAAAUUAAUGCAAUUGCGUUGUAAGUUAUAUAAAAAGUGUGGUGUUGUUUUGGAUGAUGUGGGACAGAUUGCUGAGGAUAAGGCUGUGCAGGUUGAAGAAUUGAAUAAGUCCAACGGAGAUAUAAGG